UACACCUCCACUCAUUGGGCGGGGUCCGCCUCUAGUUUGACGCGCUCUGAUUGGCCAAAGGUCACGUCACUCAGGGGUUAACCUGCAGGUAAUUGGUCAGCGGAGUCAACCACCCCUUUACUUCUCAACUUCGGUGUCCAUCUGAGACUCGGGUCCGACUUCACUCAACUGUCGUGUGGCGCACUUGUCCAAGUUUAUCCGGUGUCACGGAGCAGACGUACCGGAGGAAGUUACCGGUGUGGUUUAACAGCUAGUCCCCCCGGUGGAACUUUGUAACACGAGGUAACUAAGCUCUAAAAGUUCCGGAUCUGAAACUUUUUUUCACCUCCAGUUUGGGGAAAAAAUAAAAAUGGCAGACAGCGAGCACGUCUCUUCCACCACUCCUCUGUUCGGCGAGGAGGGGCACCACUACCAGGCCGAGCCGGAGCCCGAGCAGCCCAAACAGGACCUCUUCAGCGUGGAUGAUAUUGUGGACUUGGUCGGCGGGGCUCAGGACGCCUUGGACCGCCACUUCGCUGAAGACAGUGCGCCACACGAGUUCACAGACGAGUCGUUCGCUCCUCAAGAACAGGAGUCGGUAACGUUACUAGAGCCAGUCUACGUAACGGAACCGGUGGACGAACCGGAACCUGCCAUCCCAGACUCCACCAGCUUCUCUUUUGUUCCUGACAUCCCUACAUUAAUCGCCGAGGAGCCCGAAGAACGUGUCGCCCCCAAAGUAGAACCCGAGAUUACAGAGCUCGUACCGGAGCCACAGGCUGCCGCCCCCGAGCCAGAACCUGCCCCGGAGAGCGACGCCCUCCCAGCGGCUGAACCCCGGAAAGCAGCCCCAGCCCCCGAAGAGGCAGCAGAGCAACCUGCGGUGACAGAGGAAGCACCGGCUCCAGCAUCUUAUGUACCUUCUCCUUCUAAAGCUCAGCCUCGUCCUCUGAUGCAAUUCCCUACAGCACUUGGGCAGAAGGGUGAUUCCCCUGCUCCCAUCUCUCCUCUCUCCCCUCUUCACUCCCCUGACUCUCUGGAGGAGCUCUCUCUGACCGAGAGUCCCAACCAGCCCCCUACUUCAGGAUUCGCUGCAUCCUUUGGCUCCUUCUCCACUGUACCCCCCACUACUCAUUCCAAGGACAUGCCUUGGGUGGGUGAAGAGGGUGACUCUGGACCGGGUCGUAGUAAGAUUAAGGAAGAUCUGUUAGCUGGUCCUUACCUGAGUUUAGGGAAAGACCCAGGGCCUCACAAUCCAUGUGAAGACAGCGGAGUUUCCUUCUCACCUGAGGAGAAGCUGAUUAGCUCAGACAGGUCUUCCACCGGCCCGUCGCCCGUGAACCCCCAGAUGAAGGUACCAGAGUCUCACCUUGCCUCCUCUAACCCAACAGAGCAGUGGGAUUCACCAUUCCUAGCAUCUCAAGACAACUCCAAGGUCUCGAUGGAUACCUUCUCCAAGGACACGGCUCCCAUUAGCUCUCCCAGGUACGAGCCAGACCUGCACGGCAACCAGUCUGAUGACGAUGAUGACGACCUGAUGUAUGAGGUGAAGAAGAAUAACAACCCAUUCGAUGGCUUCUCUCCACUGGCGGACAGUGGCUACUCCCAUUUUGGAGACUCAAAGUCCGACAGCAGGCCCUCAAAAAUGUCCGAGUCCCCCACUCCGGAUCUGGUCCAGUAUGGCCAGACUACAGAAUCCCUGGAUACCCCGCCAUCUUUCUUAGACGAGGGGAAAACGUUUGAGAUGGGCAAGAUGGCCGCUGACUCUCUCAUGCAGUCAGUGAAUCAGUUCUCGUCUGGUCUGAAAGAAGACUAUGAAGAGGAAGAAGAGGAUUCUCCUCUGCCGCCGUCGCUUCCAGACCUCCUAAAGUCUUCCCCGCUCAACCCAGAUAAAAUGGACUCCGGCUCCUCCGAGGGAAGCCCCGAGGAGCAGAGUCCCAUCCUUGAACGAAGGAUGAUGGAGUCGCCCAACCCUCCAAUCAAUCUGUCGGCUAACAACCCGUUUGCCUUUGACGCCAAAGUGUCCCUGCUGAAGGAGAUGACUGAGGAGUUGGAAGUGAGAGCGUCUGACAAACCAAAAGACGAACAAAGCUUUGACGCAUUCGAUCUUGUCAAAGAGGCGGAGGAAACCACCCCCACAAAGGUCAAAGAAGAGGAACCGGUCAAGAUCGAGCAGAAAGAUUGGUUUUCAAGCCAUGAUUCUCUCAAAAUGACGGAGAAGUUUGAGCCUCUUGACUUCCAGAGCAAAAAGACCCCCACCGAGGAUUCGGAUUCAGAGUCUCCAACAGCAGACUCCCUGUCUCCGGUCCUGGAAGCUAUGGCCAAAAACCCUGCCAGCUUCCAGGUGGAAACGGAGAAGAUGGGCCAGAAGAUGAUGGAGGUUGAGGAGCCGGAGUUGGCCGAGGAGGUGUCUGAGCAUGAAGUGUCCUCUGAGGAGUUUGAGUUCAUUGAGCGACCACCCAGGGGCGUCAUCGACGAGUUUCUUGAGGCUCUGGAUACUUCCAAGUUUGCCUCCUCAAAGCCCCCAGAGAUCCCCAUGGAUGAUGAUCUAAGCUUCGGGCAGAAGGAUGUAGCCCCAAUUUCAAAAGUAACCCCACCCCCCGAGGUUAAAGAGGAGGCUCCAAGCCAGAGCUCCUACCGCCUCCUCACCCAGGCCUCCCCCCAGAAGAGCAAGGCUGAGCUUGAGAAUCUCGACAUCCAGCAGCCCCCACCCCAAGCUCCCCUCACCCACUCCCCUGUCCGCCAACCAGAGGAGGCGGUCGCUAAGAAGAGCACAGAGGGCGGCAGAGUGUUUAAGAUGCCAAACGUGAACAUAAGAGCAGUUGUGGAUCUCCUCUACUGGCGUGAUGUGAAGGCCACGGGCGUGGUGUUCGGCGCCGCCCUGCUGCUGCUCCUCUCCCUGACGCUGUGCAGCAUCGUGAGCGUCUGCUCCUACAUCGGCCUGGCUCUGCUGUCCGUCACCAUCUGCUUCAGGAUAUACAAAGGCAUCCUGCAGGCCAUCCAGAAGUCCGACGAGGGGCAUCCGUUCAAGCAGUACCUGGGCCAGGAGGUGGCGCUCUCUGAGGAUCUGGUCCACAAGUACAGCGACUUGGCUCUGACCAAACUGAACAAGAGCAUCGGGGAACUGAGGCGCCUGUUCCUGGUGGAGGACCUGGUCGACUCCAUCAAGUUUGCUGUGUUGAUGUGGAUCCUGACGUACGUCGGCUCCUUGUUCAACGGCCUCACCAUUCUUAUUCUGGCUCUGAUUGGAUUGUUCAGCUGCCCGAUCGUCUACGAGAAGCAUCAGGCUCAGAUCGACCACUACCUGGCGCUGGUCAACAACCAGGUCAAAGACGUCGUUGGGAAGAUCCAGGCGAAGGUUCCCGGGAUGAAACGCAAAGCAGAGUGAAGAGACGACGAGUCGCAGUUUGGAUUCAGGAAGUCCUGAGAGGGGGGGGUGUUUGAAGGAAGGCCGGAGAGGGGGGCGUGUUUGAAGGAAGGCUGGAGAGGGGGGGUCUGGCGUGGACGCAGCCCUUCUAACUUUAUUUGUCAAAACAUUAAAAACUCUUUUUUUCCCGUUCAGAUUCCUUUUUGUUGUGUUUUCUGGGGAAGAUGAAAUAUAAACUCGCAGAAACACAUUUUAAUCUUCGUCGUGUGUUCGAGACGAGCAGCGAACGCCUCAUUUCUACUUUUAUUUAAGUUUUUGUUAGAAGUAUUUUGUGAUUUUACUGAAACGCCGUCGUGUCCCUCGAGCUGCGCGCUCGCUGUCGUGCUGCGUGACCUCGAGGUGACGACUUCUGUGAGCGAUGUCUUUGACUCCUGAUGAGGCAGCGCGGCGGGGGGAGGUUAGGGUGGGGGGGCUGUACUACCAUUUAAUAUCUUCAUUGCUUCUGAGUAACUCUAGUUAGAAACAUCUAGAAAACCUUUGCCAGACAAUUAAAACAUUAAUUACAUAAAGUUGUUAUUUCCAUGUCUAGUGAAGAAAAACACGUUUACAUUCAUCAGAUACUUUAAAUACUUUAGAAGUUAAAAUGAAUAACCAUACUGUCUGUGGAGCCAAUAUCUUCAUAAAGUUGCAACUUGAUGUGACUUUUGGGAAACUUGGAGCAUUUGUUUGUUAUGCAAGUAUAAUUGUGAAUGAUAAACUUCAUACUUCAAUUGUGACGAUAAAAAGCUUCCAGCCGGGAGCCGUGUUUGUGGAAUGCGUUGUGAGAUGUAAACAAUUAUCAAUAAAGCUUCUAGACGAAGAAAA